UUUAUUGCUUAUUCCAAGAAACAACUCUGCUACACCUAUAGAUAUACCAAACUCUUUAAUAUAAGCUUUCUACUCCAUCACUUCAAUCUUCUUACCAUUGUUUUUAAGGUUGUAAGCAAGCAUGAAGAUCCAAGUUCAUGAGAAUCAAACACGUAGUUUCUUCGUUAUAUGUUUUUUCUUGUUGAUCGAAACUUCACAACAGAGGCCGCAAAACACCACAUGCCCAUUUCGGUAUAUAUACAGCUUUGGAGAUGGAGUAACUGACAUUGGAAACUCGGUUAGGGUUCUCCCUUUUGGCCCGUUUCUUCCUGCAGCACGUUCGCCUUAUGGUCAAACUUUCCCCGGUCAACCCACUGGCCGUUGGUCCGAUGGUCGUAUCGAUAUUGACUUUGUAGCUGCUGGUCUAGGCUUGCCAAAUAUUGUACCGUAUUUAUCGAUGCGUGGUUCUACCAGCAACGAUGGCGUCGUCUUUUCAGUAGCAAGGAGUACAGUAUUAGACCGUUUAUUUUUGAAAUUAAGGGGCGUUGACAUUCCACCUUAUGCUAUUCCUCUUAGCGGUCAACUAAGAUUGUUUAAAGCUUAUAUUUCAUCCGUUUGCUCAAUACCCCAAGAUUGUGCCAAUAUAGUUGGGGACUCCAUUAUAAUAUUGGGACAUAUUGAAGCCAAUGACAUCGGCUAUUCACUGCAGCAGGGCAAAUCGAUUCAACAAGUCGAGACCUACGUGCCGUUUAUGAUACGAACUCUUAUCGAAGCUGCAACUGAACUGAUCCGAAUGGGCGCAGCACGGGUAGUAUUGGCAGGAAGUGUUCCGAUUGGAUGCUACCCUUAUAUUCUUACAACGUUACAGACGAACAAUGCCACAGCCUACGAUGAUUUGGGAUGUCUGAAGAGUGUGAAUGAUCUUAUCGUGUCGAAAAACAAACUUCUCCAAGAAGCUGUUACAAAUCUCACUACGAAAUUUCCGAAUGUUGACGUAUAUUAUGCCGACUUAUACGGAGCCGUACAAACAAUUAUUCAACAGUCAUCUGUUUCAGGGAACAUGACGUUGAAAGCUUGCUGUGGAGUUGGAGGACAAUAUAAUUACGAUCGUCGAAGGUUUUGUGGAAGUCGCGGGGUGCCGGUUUGCGCAAAUCCAAACGAAUACAUCUAUUGGGAUGGCUUACAUUUUACUCAAGGGGCUUUCGCUCGAUUCACAAAUAUUGUGGUGCCACCAUUUCUUCCGGUUCUCGGCUGCACGUCAAAUUAAUUUCUUCUAUAUGAAAAAAUAAUAAAUAAUCGGAUAAUUAUAUCGACCAUUGUGAAUUAAUUAUCUAUAAUGAUAUUUAGAAUAACACGGCUUGACUUUCAGAAAGUCAAGAAGCCUUCUACUAUUUUGAUAAGUCUUUUCAUUUCUUGACAACUUUGAAUAGGAAUGAAGUAUUUGUAACUUUCCUAGUGCUCAUUGCGAAGAGACUUUAUCAUCAUAUUUCAA